UUCUAUUUAUCUCUAUUUAUACUUAUAAUCAUGUUGUACAAUAAGUUUACCACGAUGGCAGCCUUGCUGCUGUUGACAGUGGUCGGCAUGGCAAUGGCCGCCUCUGGACCAAUUAUGAUCGCCCAGGAGAACGGACUGGACUCGUUGACAAUCCGCUCACUUGGCACUCCAAGCAUCCACACCAACCCAUUGCCAGGCACUGAGUUGGUCAAGCUCAAGGGCACCACCUCGUUGCUGAUCGAUGGUAUCUCCUUCACUGUGAACGCUGUCGUCGGCACCAACUACUACGUCAUGCUCGCCUUUGACGUCGACAUCUUCCUCUACGGUAUCAAUCUCGAGACUGGAACAGUCUUCAUUGAUAACUACUCACCAAACCAAGAAUACAUCUACGUCUAUGGACUUUCUUAUGACGCCAAGUCAGACUACUUGAUUGGAUUGUCCUCGAUCAACUACCCAGACGUCCAGGAGUUCUUUGACGUUGUCGAGAUUGAUCAGUCGACUGGCGCCAUCGCCAAGAACUUCUCGUUCGGCGAGUUCCCAAGCGACACUGUCUACUCUGGCAUCUACGCCUUCAACCAGGACGACUCUGAGCUGUACGUCGUGUUCCGCGGCUACACCAACGCUUCAGAGAGCACCCAGGAGGGUAUGGUCGUCGUCAACACCCUGACUGGCCAGGUCUCCAGAACCGUCUGGUUCACCGGCUUCCAGUCCAACGACAUGUGGUUGAACUCUCUCGCCUACGAUCCAUUCACAAAGUCGCUGGUCGGCUGCACUCACACCUACAUCGGCACCAACCCAGCCUUUGUCAGAAUCGGAACCCAGACCGCCGAGGUCGUACUCAUCUCCAACGAUGGCACCGUCGCCGGUGGCAACGGUCCAGUCAUCCUCCCAGGUGGUAUCUUUGCCGCUCCAGGCCAUGACGACGUCUCCUCCAACACCAUCUUCUACGUCAACACCACCACCGGUGAUGUCCUCGGACACCACUCUGACACCGAUGUCCUCGUCGAGUUCCUCCAGGUCUAC